AUGGCAAUAUCAAGAUCAUUGAUCACUGAGACAAGUAAUCGUUUUAUCCCUUCAUCUUUAUCAACACUGGUGUACAAGACAAGGCACAAAAAUGAAUUGCAAAUAUCGUAUCAGUCUCAUGAAAAUUUAGAUAACAACAACCAACGUGCUAAUUUAUCAAUCCGUGACGAUUCCUUGUUCACUCAUUCAACUUCAAGUACUUCUUCCAAUACUCAUUUCCAAUCUUCUUCAAGCUCCAUAAGUUCUUCUUCUCCAACUAAACGUGUGACGGUCGGUAGCACUAAUCCUUCGGAUUUACAUCAAAAGAUUGUUGCUGAAGCAUUGAAUUUUGUCCUGAGCUCCAAAGUAUUGAAAUUUGACAAUAGAUCAAAAUCUAAGAAAAUCCAGAAUAGAAUCGAUGCAAAACUCGUUGAAUCACUAACUACUGCUGAAAGAGAAGUUUCAAUCGAUGCAGGAAAAUCACGUUUAAUUCCAUCUAUUAAAACGAUAAUUGCCACAGAUAUUUUACAAGCACCGGGGUUGCGAAACGAUUACUAUUCAAACUUAGUAAGUUGGUCAUUCAAAACAAACCGUGUUGCAGUUGGGUUAGGGUCAAAAAUUUAUCUUUGGGGAGUAGAUAAUAAUGUAACGCAAAUCAACCACUCUAAUGAGGAUUUGGUGACUGCAGUUUCUUGUUCGAAAGAGUAUUGGAUUUUGGUAGCCACGGCAGGAGGAAAAAUCAUAUUGAUGGACCAACAAAGUAAUUCUGUGGUUUCCGAAUAUACUAACAGCGAGGGAAAAUGUAUAUUUUGUUUUGCUUGGUUUGACAACUCAAAUAUGUUUAUUGCUGGUGACGACUUUGGAGAAGUAUAUAUAUUCAAGAUUCACAAGUUAUUUAAUGUUCAAAUUGAGUUGGUGAAAGUUUUCAAAUGCCAUCAACAACAAAUAUGUGGUCUUGCUUUGAAUGGUAAAAAUGACGAAAUCGCCGUGGGAGCUAAUGAUAAUUGUUGCACAAUUUGGAACAUUAAAGACUUUAGUGCCCCUGUUUUGAAAUUUGUAUUGCCCCACAAUGCUGCUAUAAAGGCCCUAUGCUAUUGUCCAUGGACUGUAUCUCUAUUAGCCACGGGAGGCGGAAGCAAAGAUAGAAAAAUCAGGUUUUGGCAUACAUCCAGUGGCACCUUGUUGAAUGAAUACUACACCGACGGUCAAAUAACAUCACUAAUUUGGUCACGAUUUAGAAAAGAGAUAGUUGCUACAUUUGGGUUUGGUGGAACCAGCAAGUCCAAUCUAUUAUGUGUUUACACAUAUCCUCAAAUGCAGCCUAUCUUAGAGGUUAAUGCAGCGUGCAACUUGAGAAUACUAAGUGCUACUUUGCUGCCGGAUUAUUGCUCAGUAUGUGUGGCAACCAACGAUUCCACCAUUAGAAUAUAUCAGCUAUGGGAAGGGUCAUUGGAAAUUUUGCCAUCUGCAACCCAAAGAAUAAUGGGUGCGUUUGGUAGCGACAUAAUUGAACUCUUGGAAGGAAUAUCUAAAACCGGUGACGUGAUUAGAUAA